AUCAUAAUUCAAUAUCAUGCCGAUAUAGGUAUCAGUUUGUGUAGGAGAACUCAGUUAUUGCCCUUUCAGGAGUAGUGAAGAUGAAGAGGUUAAAAUGGAAGCUGCUUCUAAUGCUUCUGUGUGUAUUGAAUUCAAAUUCGACUCCUUUUGAAGAAGAUGUGGAUCAAAUUUACAAUAUGGAUUUGACAAAAAGAGGUCGAACUUUCUUUGGAUUGAAACAGUACUUGAUAGAAGCAUUAACCAAUUGUGAACUGGCUCCAGGAAAAAAUGUUGAGUUAGUAAUAACACCUCCAGAAGGUGCUACAUUAGAUAAUGAGGAAAGUAUAAUUGAAACCAUUAAACAACUACUUCCCAGCUUCAUUGCCACUUCAGAUACAACUUUCAAAGUUGAAAUGGGCAGUAAAGGCCCUUUGAGUGAAAUUAAGUUAAAAAUUUUCUGUGGAUUCAGGACGAGUACGAGAAUUGGCGAUUUCUUAGGUUCGGUUAGGAAUAUAGUGGAACCGUUCAAAAUGAAAGUAGAUUCGAUCAAGGCGGAUAUCAAAUCGAAAGUAAACACCAUAUUGGAGAGUGCUUUGUCAGAAAGCCUAAAACUAAUACAAUUGGGCCAAGCAACCAGCUUUGUCUUCUCUGUAGAACCCCCAAAAGAUUCACAUUCAGCGUUCAAAGCCCAACUGGAUCAAAUCGUCAAAGAAAAGAUGCAAGAAAUGAAGUUCAACGAGUUCGACUACACUAUGAACGAAAAGUUCAUCCAUGAGGGAGGAAAACUAAAGAAUAUCGAAUACACCAUAAAUUUAUUUCCUGAUGUUAUUUCUUCAGCAAUUGUAGAUUUUGAAAUCGACCUAACCAAAGCCAACGUCGACUAUGCCAUCUUCAUAAGGAGGCUGUUCUCCAAGUUCCUUGGGAAUCAACCGGAGAAGAAGUGUAAAAAUAUGUAUGUUCAAGUAAAAGAAAAACAGAAACUAUCUGAGGCAGUUAUCACAAAACUCAGGAUAACAACGGAAAAGAUUCUAAACGAGAUGUAUUCUGAGCAGACUUUCAGUGUAACAACACAAAAGUCGGUAACGAAUUCGAAUACGAUCGAUCUUUAUGUAAACUGCCACAACCUUGGACCUAAUCCAAGAUCGUUUGGAUUUUCGAUCGGAGGUGGUACAUUACAAGCUGAAGCUGGGUUCUUAGGCACAAAACAAAAGUUGACGAUCGAUCUAACCCAUCCUGGAGUCAACGUAGCUUCGAACCUCCAAAAUAUUUUCACUGUUUCUUUACCUAACAUACUUUCAGAAUUACGAACGAAAAAUUCCGUGAAACUCUCUUUCAAUAUAAAACCCCCUAAAAGUCAAGGGGUUGCUUACGUCGAAACUGCUAAGAAUGACCUCUCAAUCGAAUUAAGAAAAUAUUUUGGAGACUGCAGGGUAGCUAUAAAUCCUCAACCUGUGUUUGAUUCUUUAGGCUUUUUGCAAGAUAUAAUUUUCGACGUGAGUCUUGAGAAAACGCUUAAUUUCAUGGGAAUACUUGAGGAGGGAAAUAACAUAGUCAAGAAUUUAUUCAAACCAGGUAACAACAUCGCGUUAGAAUUAAGUAAUAAGGUGAAAAAUCUCUUACCAAAAAUCGUUGCAGAUUUAAGACUAAAACAAAAAGUUUCCUUCAAGCUAACCCUAGAACCACCAAGUCAUUCAAAUUCGGAAUACAUGAGGAGAGUUCAGGACGAUUUGAUGACGAUAUUGUGCAUUUUUUUCCCUAAUUGUGAAACAUCUGUAGUUGCCAAGGUUGAAAACAGUCCUAAUGGUAUUUUGAAACAUGUAUAUUUUGAUAUAAAUCUGCAACAAAGACAAAUUGGACUGUAUGGUAAUAUUAGUCCUAUGGAAGAAAUUAAAAUAUUUUUGAGUAAGCCAGAUACCUCCCUUCAUUCCGAAAUAUCCAUGAAACUGAAAAGAGGCAUUCCAAAUUUAAUGGAAAUUUUGAAUAAUAACAAACCAGUUUCAUUAAAUCUUCUGAUUUAUCCACCAGUACAUCGAACUGUUGAUUAUAUUAAAGAAUGUAAUCGAGAGGUUCUAUUGGUUACGAAAAAUUACUUCCCAAAUAGACGAAUCGAGUUAAUACGGAAAGUCCUUCUUGAUGAUAAAGGCUAUCUUGCUUCAACAAUAUACAAGAUCGAUAUUUAUCCAGACACAAAUAUGGAAAGUCUGCAAACUGCAUCAAACAUUGAUUCAGAUCAAUGGAUGGCAACCUCAUGGAACGGCCUCAAUCCAAUAGAAACGAAUUUAUGGGAGACGAAAGCACAUCCUGGAUCAAAUCCAUGGGAUGUUAGUAAUCAACCCGGUACAAAUCCAUGGGAGUUGAAUAAACCACCUGGAACAAAUCCAUGGGAGUUGAAUAAACCACCUGGAACAAACCCAUGGGACAUCAAUAAACCACCUGGAACAAACCAAUGGGAUGUGAAUAAACCACCGGGAACAAACCCAUGGGAUAUCAAUAAACCACCUGGCAUGAAUCAAUGGGAAUCAAAACCACCUGAAACAAACCAAUGGGAUGUGAAUAAACCACCGGGAACAAACCCAUGGGAUAUCAAUAAACCACCUGGAACAAACCAAUGGGAUGUGAAUAAACCACCGGGAACAAACCCAUGGGAUAUCAAUAAACCACCUGGCAUAAAUCAAUGGGAAUCAAAACCACCUGAAACAAACCAAUGGGAUGUGAAUAAACCACCGGGAACAAACCCAUGGGAUAUCAAUAAACCACCUGGCAUGAAUCAAUGGGAAUCAAAACCACCUGGAACAAAUCCAUGGGAAGCAAACCAAUCACCUAGUGAGAAUCCAUUGGAACCAAAACCUCCUGGAACAAACCCAUGGGAUAUCAAUAAACCACCUGGCAUGAAUCAAUGGGAAUCAAAACCACCUGGAACAAAUCCAUGGGAAGCAAACCAAUCACCCAGUGAGAAUCCAUUGGAACCAAAACCUCCUGGAACAAACCCAUGGGAUAUCAAUAAACCACUUGGACCGAACCCAUGGGAAACAAACAAACCACAUGAAGUGAACCCAUGGGAGACAAAUCCCCCUGGAUCGAACUCGUGGGAGACAAACAAACCACAUAACGCUAGCCCGUGGGCCACAAGACCUCCUGAAACGAACUCAUUGGGGACAACAGAACCACCUGGUGUUAAUUCAUGGAACACGAAUCCUCCCGAAUCUAACUCAUGGAAUGCCGAUGAGCCUCCUGUAAUAAACACAUGGAAGACAACAGAAUCACCUGAUGUGGAUCAAUGGGGAUUUAACCCUCCAAAGACAGACGAUGUACCUUGGGGACUCCAGCCACCUGGAAUGAACCCAUUGGAACCUACCAAACCGUACGAUAUCAGCAAUCCACAAACUUGGGAAUCAACAAAACCACCUGGGGUGAACUCAUUGGAUAUCAAUAAACCCCCUGGGAUGCACCCUUCUGAAAUGAACCCAUGGAAUAUCAACAAUCCACCUGGAAUUAACUCAUUCGAAACAACUUAUCCACCAAGCGUGGAGCCAAUGGGAAUAAACAAUCGUAUGGAUGACCAACUGACUUCAACUUAUCCCCCUGCAACAAACGCGUGGGAACCUAGACCACCUGUAGGAAACCAAUUGGAUACCACAAGACCAACUCUUGAUAUGAAGCCAAGAAUUGACAUCGGCGAUGUUUUUAUAAACAAUGACACUGAAGUAGAAGAAACUGUGAUCUCCACGGUGAGAAAACAUCUGGUAUCUAUCCGAAGUAUGUUAGACGAUCAGCAAAAUGUUGAAAUUCCAUUUGUUGUUACUAACUCUGAUAUUCAUUACAAAUCGAACGAUAUGAUGCCCAUGGUGAUUGGUAUUUUCCAACAAUACCUUCCGAAUGUCAUCAUAACGUUGAAGACCGGCAACAAUAAUAGAUUCUUUGUAGAAAUCAAUCCGGUUAAGAAGAACAUGAUGGAGAUCGAUCUCAGAAAACCAGGCCAAAACAUACAUGAAAAAGUCCAGCAGAAGUUUUUUGAGAUCAAGAGAAUGUUGGGCAUGACAUUGAGUGAAGAUAAGAAAGUGGAGCUAGUUUUCGACAUUCUAAAACCAGACAAUGAAUCUCCUAGGAUGGUAGUGGAAAUAGUGCGUAUGUUAGAUGAUUUGUUGACGCGAACAUUCCCAGAUACAAAAGUAAAAUUCAGCAUCAUAGAAAAGGAUCAUUCAAAAGUUGAGAUUGUUGUCGAUUUGAGCACUACUUCAACUCACAUAAGUCUCCAAAAAGAAUCGACCAACAUCGUUGUUUCUAUAGAAAGAAAGAACAUACCUCCAAUCAACAUGAUAGACGAGAAAAUAAAGUCUAUGUAUACAACGUUGAGGUCUUUCCUGGAUGAACGCAAGCAAAUGACUUUGGUCUUGGAUGUUGACCUUCCAGUAGGUUCCAAUGAUUUAACUGUAAGGAGGAUCAUAGACCAUUUGAGACAAAUUUUGGGCAAGGAUUUCCCAAAGACUGCCAUUGGUAUCACGCCUUACGUCAACAGAGACCCCCAAAACCUCCUCACUGAGAUGAUUAUGGAGGUCUCUCUAAAUUCCUACUCUGGCCAGGGAUCCAUUCAAGUUGAGAACGUGCGUUUGGAUCUCUCCAACCAGCGCACCACCAUCAUCUCCGAAAUACAAAAAAUUUUACCACAUACGAUCGAGACAAUUCGAAAAAAUUUGAUCCAGCAAAAACCCGUGACCUUGAAUUUGCAAAUUCGACCUCCUGAGGAGACCAAGGAGUGGUAUAAUAAAAUGCUUCCUGAUGCUAUACUGCCUAUAUUAACAUCUCCUUUCUGCAACAACGAGAAACAAUGGUCAAUAACAGCCAACACUGAUCUUGAUGGCUACUUAGUCGACAUUUCGAUGAUCAUAACAUUUGAACCGUUCAAAAACUCGAAACAGUUCGAAAUAACUGAGUGCGAACAGAACAUUCUCAUAGAUUUAACACGACCAGAUAGUCGAUUGGACAUCGAAAUCGACAAGUUUUUGCCAACUGUCUAUCCUGACAUUCAAAUGUUCUUAGAACAAGGUCGAACAGAGUCUUUGAUUUUCAAAAUCAUUCCGCCUCUAAACGUUGAUAAAGACUAUAUAAAGAAGACAGAAGCAGCUGUUAUAAAAAUACUCCAAAAUUAUUUCCCUUACAAUGAAGUCGGUAUCAGGGUCAGUGCAGAUUCCCCUGGUGAAGGUUUAUUAACGAAUGUAUUGAUGACUUUAACAAUUAAACCGGAAGCUAAUCCUCUUCCUCCUGCUAGUAUUAACCUUCUUCUAGAUUUGUCUAUGGGGAGAAAUAUUGAAUUAUAUACCAAAAACGUAUUGCACAAGUAUAAACAUGUGAUUAAGAUUCUAUUAUCUAAAGAUCGAUCUGCAACUAUAAGUUUCAAGGUUAUUCCACCUAAAGGUGUCGACGAAAGUUACUUCAAGCAGCUUUCUUCUUCUUUAAUGCAUGUGAUGAAUAAAUUAUUCAAAAAGAAUGAGGUCAAAGUCCAAAGCAAAGCAGGUAAAAAUUCUAAAGGAGAAAUCUUUGCUAUUAGGACAGUAGUCACUCUGUCUCACUAGAAGAGGUCGCGAUAAAAAGAUUUUCGAUUUUAUAUUUCAUUGAAAUAUUUGGAUGAAAAACAUCUGAAAGGGAAGGAACUUUCUGGUAAAAUAUAUCAUUAAUAAACGAUAUAUUGCGUUUUGU